AUGCUGGCGAAGGACGACACCCUCGUGGACGGGUUCAACACCGUCCGCUUCGAGAUCAGGUACCUGCGGGACCCGAGGGUCCUCGUGGCCGAGUGCUUCGCCUUCGUGUGGGACGUCAACACGCCCAUGAUCGUGGUCGACAUCGACGGCACCAUCACCAGAAGCGACGUCUCGGGGUUGAUGAUGACGCUCAGCCCGGGCCUAGUUACCAACCACACCCACGAGGGCAUCUGCUCGCUGCUGGCCCGCAUGGUCGACGAAGCGGGGGCCCAGGUGGUGUACCUUACGUCCCGGCCCAUCUCUCUUGCGGCCAAGACCCGCACCUUCCUUGCCUCGACGGAGCAAGAGGGGAAGAGGCUACCCCUGGGCCCUCUACAGUGUUGCUUGGAGAAAGUCAGCGGCGUUUUGUGGCGUGAGCUCGUGUCGAAGAACAUGCACGACUACAAGAUCACGGCGCUGCUGGACCUAGCACGGCCGUUCCGAGAGGCCGGUCGCACCUUCGGGGAGGCCGUUUUUGCGGCGGGGAUAGGGAACAGGGUCCACGACGCCGUGGCCUACAGAGCCGCGGGCAUCCCGAAGGACUUCAUCUUCCUCAUCGACACCGAGUCUAACCUGCGGGUGUGGGAUGGCGACACGUCGAAGAUGGGCGGCAGCAGAGCCAACAGCCCGAUCAGCCCGAAGAAGAAAAAGAAGUUGCCGGACAAGCAGGAGCAGCAGGAGGAGGAGGGGGAGGGAAAGAGCCCAAAGACCAACACGCCGACCGACUCGAGGAGAAAGAGGCAUACCGCGGCGGCUCUCAAGGAGGCCGCUAGCAGGCAGCAGUUCGGAGAGGACGAAGAGGAUUCCGACGAUGAGGGCUAUGAUGACGAUGAAGGGACGGCCGCUGGCGGGGACGGGGGGAGGCACGCGGAUGGGAGCGCGGUGCAGGAGCAACGAUUGCCAACCAUGGCGGAGGAUUCAUCGUGGGCGGGAACAGAUCCCCAACCAUGGUCCUCAUCGUCCGGAGGCGACAGUGGGGGCGACGGGGAAUCGCGGGGAGAGGGGCCCGGGGGCGUCAACGAUACGGGGGAAGAGACGCAGGCAAUGACGGGAGAGAGAAAAGGCGGUGAGGAGGAGGUGAAAGCAGAAGGCAAGGCAGCAGCAGCAGCAGAAGCUAAGGAAGGCAACCUCGACGGUCCGCCGCAACAUCAAGAACCAGCCGCGGGGGCGGCGGCAGGAUCGUCGUUGUCGCUGCCCCCCGCUUCCUCCGCCCCGGUAGACUACCAGUCGUACGGAGACGCCAGGUUCUUCGACCGGCUGAGGGCCAGCCUCGACCACGCCGCCUGGGAGGCGCAGAAGGCGGUCGAGGCCGCGGCGCACGCGACGCACGCGGGCGUCCAGGCAGGGGUGCACGCCGCGGGCAGCGCGCUGUCGUCGGGCAGGAGGGUCGGGGUGGAGGGGGGGGAGGACGGAGAGGGAGCGGCGGACCGCCUGGCGGAGAGGGUGCAGGAGAUGUCCCAUCGGGAUUUACCGGAGUAGGCCAACCAAGCCGAGGUCGGCGGCGGUGACGAUAGGAGGCACACACGCGGCGGCCGAUGUUUUCGGAGUAAAAACUGUUGUACGGAGCUUUGAUAUGGAAUGUGGAGGUGUGCAAGCGUUAGAAACGGGCGGACAGGGGCGUGCGGUUGAGGUGACUCGAUUUGAGGAACACCAAAAAGGCGGGUCGUACGCUGUGUUGCUCGGAGGGGCACUGUCAUUGCAACCGCCUCGAGAAAACGUGGCGGCGGCUCAGUGAUUUGUUAAGCGAUCGGAUUAGCAAAAGGAAGCGGUGCGGGCCUGUGUCUGGCCGGUCGAAAAACGUGACGUAGGUAUUUGAUGUUUUAAAGGGACUUCACAAAAGUUGCGCUUCAUGCCAAAAGUCUGUCGCUGUGGUGUGCUUGUUGUACUGUAUACGAUAUUAGACUCGCGGUGUUGUAGCCCCGCCUUGUUGGAUAUUUUCUCUUUGCUUGCUGCAGUUGCGAACCGUGCUAUGACACUAUUGUAAAACCCGGU